UCUGUCCCACAAAAGAUGGGAUCUGACUCGGGCAGCAAUUCUUCGAUCACAUAUUUGCAAGGUAAAUCGCCCAUUUUACGGGAAAGAAAAGGCUUCUCCGACUGCUUCAUCUCCUUCUUCGCCAUGGGCUCUACCGAAAGCUCAGGAGCAGAGGUUGUCACCGUUGACGUGCUCACCGCCAAGGGUCUGACCCACGCCGGCCAUGUUUAUCUUGAUGUCAGGACAGUAGAAGAGUUCGAGAAAGGGCAUCCGGUUGCGGAUAAGAUCAUCAACAUUCCAUACAUGUUCAAUACGGCAGAGGGGAGGGUGAAGAAUCCGGAGUUUCUGAACAAAGUUUCCUGUGCUUGCAACAAGGAAGAUCAUUUGCUCGUGGGAUGCCAAAGCGGGGUGAGAUCUGUGAACGCAGCAAGGGAUCUUCAGGCUAAUGGGUACGAGAAGGUGAGGAACGUGGGAGGAGGGUAUUUGGAGUGGGUUAAGAACCAACUUCCUGUGAAAGCAUCGGAGGCCAACCAUGACCAUGACUGAUCCGCCGAACUCAUCGGCCAUCGAUCGUUGCUCCUUCCACCAGCCUCCUUAAAUGCCUUAUCCGCAUUCCACCUGUCUCGUGCAGCGCAUUUACCUCUGCCUCAUCAGUUUUUAUAUCCCUAUCUUCCAGUCCACCAUGUUUGUUGUCUUUGGUUUUUUCUCUUCAUCAAGCUGUGCUAUCAACUUGUUUUAUCGUCUUCGUUUUUAUGCCAUGCGGCCUUCAGUUUUAUCUGUUUUUAAGGUUAAA